AACUGACUCAAUUAGAUUCGCGUAUCGCUCUCCUUGUCACGCCACUCCGAUUCCCACACCCCCCCCACCUCUCAUGGCGUGGCGAAGCAAAUCCUCGCCUCUCCCUCUUCCCCUCCUCCUCCUCUUCCUCGUCUCCCUCCUCCUUCCCAUCGCCAUUAGAGGCGCCGAAGCGCGCUCGAUCUCGCGCCCCGUCGCUCUAGGCUCCGAUCCCUCUCUCUCCGAUGGGAUCGACACCCCUCAUUCCUAUUCCCGAUCCCGGUCCGUCCCUCUCCUCCGCCUCCUCACUCGGAGCGAGGGAUCGAGGGGUUUUAGAGCUUCGGAGGAGGGUUGCGAGCAAACGUACGGGUUCCUCCCCUGCACGACGACGGUGGUGGGGAACCUGUUCCUGGUGGUGGUCUACGGGUUCCUAAUGUUUAAGGCCGCGACGUACUUGUCCGCGGGGUGCGAGAUGCUCCUCGAGAUCCUGGGGCCCGGGAUCGUCGGCGGCCUCUUCCUCCCCAUCCUCGGGGCUCUCCCUGAUGCCAUGCUCAUUCUCGUCUCUGGUCUAUCUGGGAGUAAAGAAACUGCUCAAAGUCAGGUCCUUAUUGGAAUGGGACUGCUCGCUGGUUCAACUGUCAUGCUUCUGACAUUACUAUGGGGAUCUUGUAUCGUUGUUGGCAAGUGCGAUCUUUCCGAGAAUUUGACCUCCGUUGAUUCACAGGAUACAAAAGGUUUCAGUCUCUUUGGGUCUGGUGUUACAACUGAUCUACAAACUAGCUAUGCAGCAAGAAUCAUGGCCAUAUCAAUACUUCCGUUCAUCAUUGUCCAACUGCCAAAAAUUUUCAAGUUUCCUUCUGGGCAGCGGUUAACAGUCUUGCUUUCUCUUAUUGUGGCAGUUGCACUUGUGCUUUCAUACUGCCUGUAUCAGAUCUUUCAACCAUGGAUUCAGAGGAGAAGACUAGCAUAUGCAAAGCAUAAGCAUGUAAUAUCUGGAAUUCUAAGACAUGCUCAAAUGGAAACCCUUGGACGGCUACUUUAUGAUGAUGGAACACCUAAUGUUUCUAUAAUUAAAAAAUUAUUUCAUAAAAUAGAUUUGGAUGAAAAUGGAUUAAUAUCACGUGCAGAGCUGCGAGCAUUUAUCAUUGGAAUUCAAUUUGAAGAGAUUGACUUAGAUAGGGAUGAUGCUGUAGAUAAAGUAAUGGACGAAUUUGACACAUCAGGCAAUGAUAUUAUUGAAGAAGAGGAAUUUAUUCGGGGAAUUUGCAAAUGGCUUGAAGAGGCUAAACGUUCUAUUACUUUUUCUGGUGCUUACUCCAAGAGGUUCUUGCAUGACUUUCAUAUGAAAACACGGGAUGAACAUAACUUGUUGCUGGAUAAGGGUGAUGAGGUCGUAGAAAAUGUUGAUAACCCCGCCUGGACCUGCUUUAAAGCCAUCUUACUUGUGCUCCUGGGAACUGUUAUGGCAGCCAUAUUUGCGGAUCCACUUGUCGACGCUGUUGACAAUUUUUCGCUUGCAACGAGUAUACCUUCCUUCUUCAUUUCUUUCAUUGCAAUGCCAUUGGCUACAAACUCAAGUGAGGCUGUCUCAGCAAUUAUUUUUGCUUGCAGAAAGAAGCAACGUACUUCUUCCCUCACAUUCUCCGAGAUAUAUGGUGGGGUAACGAUGAACAACACGCUCUGUUUGGCCGUGUUCUUGGCCCUGGUUUAUUUAAGGCAUCUGACGUGGGAUUUCUCAUCCGAGGUACUUAUAAUUCUAAUUGUCUGUAUCGUGAUGGGCCUGUUCACUAGCUUCCGGACCACAUUCCCACUAUGGACUUGCUUCGUGGCCUUCCUGCUCUACCCACUGUCUCUCGUGAUCGUCUACGUUCUUGACUUCAUUUUCGGCUGGUCGUAGGCUUUUUGUGGUUCAAUAAUUUGAAGACCUAUCUUGUCUGGUACUUUGUUCAAACUCCUUCCUCUUUCCUUUUGUCUGCAUCUGUUGUGUUCUUAUUGAAUAACUAUUGUAGAGAUGAAUCUUGUUACGCAGUUCUGCAGUUCUUUGUUGCCGACUUUUUGGUUUGAGUUCUAUUUAACCGGGGACUUUAAUCUAGAAGCUAUUACUGUAAUCAAGUAUUCUCAAACGUUUGUUGCAAUGCUUGCUGCUGGAGAGUUUUUGUGAAUCCCUCUGUUAGAACUCCAUAAAGUGAAUCAGGUUUCGGAUGUUCUUCAA